AUGAUCAAUGAACGAAAACCGGUCAUAGGGGUGAAAUAUACGCCUUCGUCCAUGGACGUCGAUCGCCAAGAGCUCGACAUCCACAAUUUGCCAGGCAUUAAAUACAUUCGAAUUCAAUGGGUGGACCUAACGAAUGCCAUUUGCUAUCGUGUCAUCCCAAUUUCUUACUUCAUCAAGAUUCUUCAAUCGCCUCGCCCAAGCAUCAGCAUAACGAAAUCGAUCCUGGGACUCGUCCAUCUAACGCUUGCAGAGGGCUUUAGCCCGAUAGGAGAGUACCUUUACGUUCCAGAUAUCACUACAUUGAAGUUGUGUGGUUAUGCGCCUGGAUACGCGACCUUAAUGGGCUACUUUGAAGAAAAAAGCCCGAAGCAAAACGUACCCAGAUCCCUUGAGUACAAGGUCGACCUUUGCCCUCGUACCAUCUUGAACCGCAUCGUGGAGGAUGCUAGGGUGUCGCUCGGCCUUGACUUCCUGGUCGGCUUUGAAACGGAAUUUAUACUACUGAGCUCCGUGUCUCCCGUUAAAGCAGUAAACGAAGCAUCCUAUGGUCGAGCGUCAGGGCUGAGAACUGGCAGCCCUGAGUACCUUGCUCUGGAAGAGAUGCUGGACGCCCUUCAUCUCUCCGGUAUCGAAGUCCAGGCGCUUCACAAGGAAGGGGCCCCAGGUCAAUACGAAAUCGUCACAGCUCCCCUUCGACCCCUUCAAGCGGUCGACGCUCUCAUCCAUACUCGGGAAACUAUCUACAACAUCGCCAACAAGCACGGCCUGUACGCAACAUUGGCCCCACGAGUAUACGGUAAUAGCUGUGGAAGCUCGUCCCACGCUCACAUCUCGGUCCAUGCACAAGGAGAGUCGCCAGUGUCAUCGGUUUCUCCAAAUCUCACCGACGUCGAAGCUUCAUUCCUGGCAUCUGUGCUCGACCACUUGCCAGCCUUGAUAGCCCUGACGCUCCCGAUCCCAGAGUCGUUCAAACGCAUGGCCGAUGGCGUCUGGUCCGGCGGUACAUACGUGUGCUGGGGGACAGACAACCGCGAGGCACCUUUGCGUCUGUCAAACGCAACAUCGCCAUCGACGCGGAACUUCGAAUACAGAGCACUAGAUGGAACAGCGAAUCCUUACAUCGCUAUAGCAGGAAUAAUUGGAGCAGGAGUAGAAGGUGUACGCGAUCAAGUUGAACUGAAGAUACAGGACAAUUCUGGUGAUAUUCCAGCGGCCAAUAUGGAUGACCGAGAGAGAGGGGCGCUGGGGAUCACGAAGCGGUUGCCUUUGUCCUGGGAUGAGGCAAGAGAAAAUUUAGAGCAAGAUGAGUUAAUGGGAGAGCUUUUAGGGGGGAACUUCGUGGCCAAGUACCUCAAUGUAAACAAGGAAAGUCUUUUUCGGACGUCUUUAUGA